AUGGCGCACCUUAGACGGAACCUCAAUACUCCCCCACCAAUGUCGCCCGCUACGACAAAUGCCCACAAUUUUUAUAAUACCUUUGCACCGCGAAGGACUGGCGCGGCAAGCCCACCCCCAUCGAUGUAUCCCUCUUCCAGCACUCCCCACCCGGUCCCGCCGCCACCCUCUUCGAAUAUACCGCCGCCUCGUCCGGCAUCCGCAAUGCCUUCUCAAACCACCAGUUCUUCGAAUUACUAUCAAACUGGAUCGAAUUAUGUGAAUGCCCAGUACUACCGCAACGACCAGUAUAAUGUAGGCCCGCAAUCGCCACAGUUACAGCCAGGAUACGGCAGUAUGAAUGUGGGCCCAAACCGAGCCCGAAGUCCUCCGCCGCCUCCGCCACCAAUUGGUGUCCCUCCAAAAACUUCGGCUGCGUAUAAUGCGCGCCCGAUACAAAGUGCAACAUACGCUCCAAACCAUCCAAGUUACGGCCGUCCCUCGCCACCCCCUUUAAAUGUUAACAAUGUCAACAGUUCUUAUAAUAUAAAUGCUGGAUCUGCAAUUAGACGGCCUGCAUCUGCCGCUGGUACGACGAGCAGAAUGCCUGGUGCAUUCCCCGAUGAGACUAUCCGCGAAUCCUCGCCUAGAAAUGAUUUACCGUUAAGAAAUAUGAAUAUGGGUCUGAAUAAUCCUAUUGUUGGAAUUAAAGCUGCGGCAAGGCAGAGGGACCCGGUUUUAGAACAACCAGAGGACGAGCCUGAGAUACUGAGAGGGGAUAGUUUUUGGGGCGAUUUAUUUGAUAAGAGUGAAAGUCCACCUACCGCAACAGUCACUUUAUCUCAAUUUCUGAGAGGGCUUGCGGAUUAUAUUAUUACAGAAUUUGAGCCUAAAAACUCUAUAGUUAUAACGCCACCCAAGAUGUUGGGGUUCUACGCUAAAUUCAGAAUUCCUGGUGGGGAACGGCUGAGCUGGGAGAAUUUCUUUCUUGGACGACCUGUAAAAGAGCUUUCUGAUGUCUAUCAGGCUCUUAACUGUCAUCAUCACUUGGUCCCACCAAAAGAUUCGGCAUCAGUCCCUCCCACGGUUCCUAGUUUAACACCACAAGGGUUCGAGAGAUGGAUGACAAUUCAAAUCCUUGCGGAUCCGGAUCAGGAAGCAAAACGGCUGAUAACAGUCUUAAAACAAUGCCCUAUCCAAAACCCAUUUGAGAAGGAUCCAAUGUUCAGAAGGUUCCCAAAAACCCUAUUGAGAGAUUCAUUCCCGAAGUUUGCAGAUGGCGAUACCAGGCGGCUGUGGGAUUUAUUCGUUCCAGAUGAAGAACAGGCAGCACCUGCAAAUAGAUCUGGUAGUAAUCCACCACCCAGCCGGGGGAAAGAACAAGACCAGAAAGACCGCGAAAGAGAGCGUGAUCAACGAGUUUUGGAAGUUCUACAGGAUCGCGAUUCUGGUAAUCGAUCAAUUACUCCCAGGGGCGGCGCUGGUGGUUACGUCCCCCCUCCAAUUGCAGAGGAAAUUGUCGCAGAGCAUCUUCGAGGCGACAGGUAUGAGAGCAAACCCCCACCGCCACUGCCAAAUGACAACGGGAUCGAACGGGAGAGAAGCCCUUAUUCUCGGACUGUCCCCCAAAGGAAAGAAGAAGCUCCUCGUCUAGAGUAUGACGACGAUGAUUACGACCAACUGAACCCAUUCCUCUACGAAACCACGAAACUUACACCCCAAGCCCCCGCCGGCCCGUCUAUUCCUCCAAAAAAUAGUCCACUAUCUCCACCAAUCCCUAAACAUAAUGACAAGCGGAUUUCUGAUUUUGAUAGAGAGGAGGAAGAUCUUUACAAAGUCAUGGCUGCUAAGCGCGCUGAAAUUGCCGCUAUCGAAGUACGUCUCAAGAAACAAACCAAAUCACCACCAAUACCUCAAGAAGAGGAUGAGAUUCGCGGGUAUCACCAAGGAGGCCAUGUUCCAAUGCCGAUGCCACCGCAGGGUAUCAAUAUAACCAUGGACACUAUGGCAUCUCCAGACCCUUCAUCAAAUUACGCCGCAAAUGUCGACUACGAUUCGGACGAAGAAGCCGCAAUUCGCAAGCGCGCGGAAGAAGAUUGGGACCGCGAAGCUCGUGAGCGUGAAAAGUGGGUUGAGGCUCGUCGGCGUAAAAUCGAAUUGGAGGGUAACUCUGGACAGGGUGAAUACGAACCAGACUUCCAGGCUGCCACACCAAUCAGUCACUAUUCGUGGCGAGAUAGUCAUACCUCGCCGGCUCCUGUUGUGGUGAAGAGAGAUACCACACAGAACUAUAAUUCAGGCGUCAUGGGGAGGAGUCGAUUGAGUGGAGGCGGAGAGUGGGAGGAGUUUAGGGUCGAAGAGCAGGCUGCAGGGGCAGGUGGAAGAAGAGCGAGCAUAGGUAUGGGGCACGAUAGGUCGUUCUCAGGCGGGAGCUCGGGUUGGCCGCCGAGAGACCGCUACGCUAAAUGA